GGCACCCUAUGGUGGCAGCACUCUUGUGUUCCCCCCAACCCAUCAUGGGUGUCCUCCCUGGCCCUGAGGCUGAUGCUGUUCCUGCCUGUGCCACCUGGCCAGGACCUCAAAGCCCUGGGCCCCCUCCACAGGCAGACGUGCCCACUGUCACCCCAUGCGAUGGCAAGAGCCCAUGGUGGUGACAGGCAGGUUACGGAGCUGUGUGACUGUGGGCGCCAUGGAGCAGCUUUGCCUUUGAUGUAAAACAAGCCCCAAGGGACAGUGAGGUAGCCUGUGCCCAUGGCCAUCCCAUGCUGUCCCUGUGUCCUUGUCACCUUCCUAAACAGAAUUAAGGUCCCCAAGGUGGAGGAUCUCCAUCCUUGGGUGGGGUGGUUGAGCUUUGGCUAGAGAAAACCGAGACCCAAAGGAGCUCAUGGGGGAGUGACAGGGAAGGGACUGGGGGAUGUGCCCAAGGAUGCUACAGCUGGGCAAGGAGGGGAGGCGGCAGCACAGCCCCAAGGUCCCAGGAUCCAGGCUGGAUCCCCCCUUCCCAUCAGGAAAACCUCAUGGUUUAUUGCUCAGGCAAUGCUCAGCCUCAACAUGGGAGGGCCCAGGGAGGGGUGUUGGGGAGGUGACAGUGGCUCUGUCCCCCCUGGGGUGAUUCCUUGUCUAACUGCCUGUCCCAUGUUAUCUUGGGUGAAGGGAUGGGCAAGCACUGCCAGCAUCAUGGUGACAUCACAGUGCCCUUGGUGACAUCGUGCCGCACGGUUUCUUUGCUCCGGGAGCAGGACACCAUUGCUCCCCAGGAAUAUCAGGACUAUGGGGGACCCACUGCAGCUGUCACACCUGGGAGACACCAUGGUCCCCAAUUCCCUGCCACCACAGGAGACCAGGACCCUGGGGGACCCCCAGCCCUGCAGUGAGAGCUCCCCAUCCCCAUGGGACCCCCAGGCCACCCCCAGCCUCUUGCCCAGCUGGAUGGAGCUGCAGAGUGAGCUGUGCCUGGUGUGGUUGGUGCCAUUGGACUCCUUGCUGGUGACCCUGCAGAGGAUCCUCAGCACCAGGCAGAGGGAGAGUGAAGCAAGAGCCAGCAGCCAGUCAUGGCAAGGCCAAAGCGGUGGCUGCUCGGUUGCCCCCAUGACCAGCAACUCAUCCCAGACUGAGUCACCAGCCAGGAGCUGCCCCUUGGCAGGCAGGGAGAUGACCCUGACACAGCCCUGGUGGCCCCAUGCCACAGCUGUCAUCUACCCAAAGCCACCCCCCAGAGAUGUGCCACACACCAUGCCCAAAUCCAGCCACCGGUGUGUGCGGCACCCGGUUCCCCCCCAGCCCCCUGCCCAGUUGGUGGCAGCCUGGCAGGGCUCCUUGCCCCUGCAGCCCCCCCCCAGCCUGGCCCGAGGCUGGUGUGAGGGGCUCAGCCCCUCUGCUCCUCGCAGCUGGCUGUUCCCCCCCCAGCCAUCACCUCCCAGGAGGGACAAGGGCACCCAGACCAAGCUGCAGACCACCGAGAGCUGCCUCUGUGCCCCCUGUCCCCUGCGGGGUCCUGCUCUGUCCCCACCCAAGGUGGUCCCCAGGGACAUCCCUAGCAGGGCUGUGCCUAAGCUCGACCACAGCUCAGGAUGGUGGCUCUUGCUGCAUGCAGGGAGCUGGGCAUCCCCACAUCCCACAUCCCUGCUGACAGGCCAGCAGCCGAGUGUCACUGAGGUGGUGGCCAAAAGCUCUGGUGGCUCUGGCAAGGACAUGGCCAAGUCGGUGCUGCUUGGUACAGCCUCCCCCACUGACCUGCAUGAGGCCCAGACCGAGACCUCUGUCUCUGGCCCCAGUGAUGGGGAGGAUCUAUCGGCCACGGUGUUUAUCACCUUUAUGGGUAAGUCUGGUGGACCAGCUGGGAGGAGGAGUGUGAUUUCUCCCAGCAUCUCAGCAGGGUGGGCACCAGUGCUGUGAGGACCCUCCCCAGGGGACAGCAGCUGUUUGUGGUGGGUGAUGGGCAGCAGGGUCCUCAUGAGGCUUGAGGAGAUAUGCCAAGAGAAGAGGUGCUGGAGUCUGAUCAGGCCACCCAGCUCCACAGGGAUGUCCAGAGCUGGAGAAGGGCUGCUGGGACCCCACCAGGGUGCUCAGCUCCAUAGAGACAUGGGGAGCUGAAGGGGUCAUUGGCGUCCAGCCAGGGUGUACAGAUCCAUAGGAAUGUGGGGACAGUUCCCCAUCUUCAACAGCAGGAAGGCUCACCCACACUGGAGGAUUUUCUGGCAGCGAACAGGUGGUGGCAGUGGGGACCACGGGAGCCCUUUCCACCAGUGUUCCUGUGGACCUGCCCAUUUCUGCUUUGAGCUGGAGGCUGGACUAGCGGUGUCCUGAGCUCUGUCCUGUCCUACACUCCUGUGAUCCACCAUCCUAUGCCUGGUGCCUGUUUCUGCAGGGGCUUGGUCACGGUUGGCACUGCCCACAGAGCCACUCUUUGUCCCCUGGGCACAGCAUCCACCCUUCCAGCUCAGGACUGAGGACUUUGCACAGUCCAGAAGUAGCCUGAGCCCUCCCUCCAUGAUGUGGGCAGAGAACAGUCACUGUCACAGUCCCAUGUCCCCUGCAGCAGCCUGGGCUGGGGCACCUCCUUGGGUCAUAGAUAACACCUGGGUCACUGGAACCUGGUGACUCCAUGGGGCAAAUUCAGACCCCAGAAAGUCCUGUGGGGCACCAAAGCCAAUGCUGGUUCACUACCUGCCUGCCUCAGUUUCCCCUCUUGCCAGUGCAUGGGCUGGGGGUGCAGGAUGUGAGGAUGGGAAGAAGGGGCCAGUUGCUCCAGUUCCCUGUCCCCCCCCUAGACAAGGCUGAUGAGUGGCAUGCCAUCUUCCGGUCCCUGAAUGAUGAGGCUCACCCUGGGCACAGCCAGGCAGGAAAAUCCCAUGGGCCACGUGUUGCCACCUCGCUUGCUGGUGGUUUUUGUAGGGUCUACGUAAACGUGGCAUUUUAAAAUGCAGCAUAGGGGAUACGAUGCUCUUGCGCUUCCCUGCAGCAUCACUGCUUUCCCUGAUCACCUGCCUGUCUCUGCCCCUCUCUGCCGACUGGGGACAUGUGGGUUCCAUCCCUGACCUGGCUAGUGGUUCUGUGGGAGACAGAGGGACCUGGAGGUGGGAGGUGAUUGGAACAGCCAGGGCUUAGCAAGGGGCCCUGUGAAACCUCAGCUGCUUCUAAUGAGAAAACUUGUUUCUCUUCCAUCCUGCUGCUCUCCACUGGCCCUGGUACAAACCCCUUCCUGGUGUGGCUCCAGGGGAGGAGGGCUCAACGCUGCUCCUUGAAGGGCAGGGAGAGAUGCGGCUGAGCUCCUGGAGCACUCGAGCCUGUAAUCCCCAGUAAUCUCGGAGGAAAGCACUCGCUUCAGGGAUUAGAGAUGCAAACAGCCACCCUCACCUACCUGCCCCUUGCCCUGUGGUGCUGCCUGCAGCCCCCUGGCCGACCGCGGGUGAGGAAGGGCUGCCAGGAGAGCGGGCUCACUGCCCAGCCGCCCCAGAUGGAUGGGCUCCAGGCAGUCGCUGGGGCUCCCCAAGGCCAUGUUGAGCCUUCAUUGGUUAUUUAUGGGAAUAAAGGGAAUGC